UAAGCUGCAGGCAAGCAAAAUGUCAUCCUUGCCACGCAUUAUGUUUUCGAAAAUCCUUGCCGGUCUCUUGCUGGGUUUGCUCGUUUUGAAUAAUCCUUGUGCCCGGGCGGACGAUGUCCUCGGCUGCGGUGGCUACGUUCGCAGUGAAAACAACGCCGACAUCGACUUCAAGCAGAUUGUCGUCAAACUGUACACGAAGAGCGGUAGUUUAAAAGGUCAAAUAGAGUGUGCACCAAACACUGGUUAUUACUUUUUGCCCGUUUACGACAAGGGGGAAUACGUUUUGAAACUUGAGCCACCAAGAGGCUGGAGUUUUAAUGCGACCAAGGUUGAAUUGAACAUUGACGGUUCCGAGGAAGAUCAUUGCAGCCAAGGGAGGGAUAUUAACUUUUUUUUCACGGGCUUUGGUAUAACUGGUAAAGUCGUCGCUGCUACCAAAACAAAGACUGCCUCACAACUAAAGGGCAUAUCUGUUUCACUGCAUGAUCAGCACAAUAAAUCUCGUUUGGGUUUGGCUGUUACCUCCGAUGAUGGUGUCUUCUCAUUCACACCCAUACAGCCGGGAAAGUAUGUACUUGUCGCUAGCCAUCCUAGUUGGCUCAUGGAAAAACAUUCGACGGUUGUAACUGUGAAAGAAGGCAAUACCAUUGUGAAAGAUGGAGAGCUCAGUGUAUUUGGCUUUGAUGUUAGUGGCCGUGUUACUACUACGGAAGGUGAACCAGUGGGCAAAGUUUAUUUUCUACUGUUUGGAAAUGGACAAACGAAAAACUGUGCCAUAACACCAGUGGAAGGCUACAAUAAAAAUCAAAAGCCUCUAUGUCAUGUCUCGUCUGAUGAAACUGGUCGAUUCCUAUUUCCAGCUGUAUCUCCUGGCGAAUAUACUCUUGUACCACAUUAUGCUGGUGAAAAAACAAAAUUUGACGUUAAUCCAGCUGAGUACUCAUUCACUGUCAACGAAGACAGUGUGGUUCUACCUGUAGAGUUCAAAGUCACCAAAUUUACUAUUACUGGUAAAGUUUUGGCUUCAGCUGGUUCAUUGACACCCGUUGUUGGUGCCAAAGUGUAUAUGUCCAAGAAAUUAGUUGGCACAACAGACAAGAAUGGAGUUUACAAGGUUGAUGAUGUCAAAGUAAAACAGUACACGUUGUACGCUGAAGCUGAUGACCUUCAGUUUGAAGAAGUAUCAGUGAAAGUUUCGCCAAGUAAUCCUGAAUUGCCCGUCUUAACUCCUGUUGCCUACAAAGUAACUGGCAAACUUUCCUCGACAACAAAAGAAAAUUUACAGAAAUUCAAGGUUCUGAUAAAAAAAGUGAUGCCUAGUGAAGGUUCUCUUGAAAAAGAAGUCGAAGUCGAUCAGAAUAGUGGCGAGUGGUCUGUGUAUCUUGCACCUGCUAAGUAUCACAUUAAUGUAAUGGUCGGCAAUAAAGACAAAAUCAAGGACAUGCAAUUCUUUCCACUUCAAAAGGUUAUCGACGUAAAGUCAGCUCCAUUGAAAGAUAUCUACUUCUUGCAGCGUUUGAGGGGUAGUAUUGUUUGUCUUCCAGAUAAAGAUACUAAAAAAGAGUGCAAUGAAAUUGAAGUAACGUUAAAAAUGGUCAAUGGCAUUAUUGAGACAAAAAUUGGAAAAGCUAAAGAGGGCCAGUAUGUCUUUGAAGACGUACUACCAGGUCAAUACGAAGUCACUAUUGACACCAAUCACUUCUGUUGGGAAAACUCUAAGCAUCAGAUAACUAUUGAGUCUGAAAAGCCAUUCACCGUGCCACCUUUUAAACAAACUGGUUAUUCUGUGACUUUCAGCUCAUCUCAUGAAACAAAGAUAGAAUACUCUUUACCUAGUCAACCAAACAAGAAACUGUCCUUUCAGUUGCCAAAAGGAAUCACGAACCACUGCCUCCCAGAAUCGGGCAAAUACAAUUUCUAUCCAAAAGGUUGUCACAAAUAUGUAAAACCUUUUGUCACUUUGCAUACCAAUGAGCGAACACCAGUUAUGUUUUCGUCCAAUGAGCAUCUGGUCAGUGGCAGUAUACUCAGUUCCGUGGCCGUUGCUGGAAUUUCAGUAAAAAUCGAGACUGAAAUUGAUGCGCGUGAGCCUUUGGUGCUGGAAAAUUUAAAAACUGCUGAUACAAAGGGAGAAGUUUAUAAGUACAGUUUUUCAUUCAACUCGGUGACUGGAGUAACGUAUGUGAUCACGCCCUCAUCGGAGGCUCUGUUGUUUAGCCCAGCUUCAAUAAGAAUUAGUGGUCCAGAAGACUGCCAAACAGAUGCCGUGAUUUUCCAAGCUGAAAAAGGAAAGAUCAUUAGUGGUUCUGUAUCGCCUCCUAUUGACGGCGUAUCAAUUACGAUUUUGAGAAAUGAUGAAGAACUAAUUCAUGAGCUUAUAACGAAGCAAGAUGGAUCUUUCAAAGUCGGGCCUCUGGAUGGAAGCAUUGAUUAUGUUGUUGUCGCAAAAAAGGAUGGCUACAUAAUAACGCGCGAUGCUAAUAGCAACAACUACAACUUCCUCGUGCGUAAAUUGGCAGAAAUCAACGUUCAAGUAGUAGAUGCAGCUGAUUCGAUUCCUCUACAAGGCGUGUUGAUCUCACUUUCGGGUGGCGGUAGCGGACACAGUUACCGCAAAAACAUUGUCACAGGCGAGGAUGGCAAACUGACCUUCAAUUCACUAUCGCCUGGUGAUUAUUACCUUCGUCCCACGAUGAAGGAGUAUCGCUUCGAGCCAACCUCGAAGAUGAUUCGUGUCGAAGAAGGCAAGAGCGUGCUUGUAUCGUUGGUCGGCCGACGAGUUGCCUUCAGUGCUUACGGUGUUGUCACUUGUCUCAAUGGAGAACCCGAGGCUGGACUCGUUGUCGAGGCUCGAGGUCAAGUUGAGUGCUCGGAUCUGCAGGAAGAAGCUACAACGAAAGAAGACGGCACCUGGCGAAUUCGUGGUCUCGAGCCAAAGUGCAUUUACGCCAUUCGUUUGAAAUUGAACGAGAAGGAUCCAAACAGUCGUGGUCUGAGGGCUAUUCCCAGUUCAGUAGCCGUACAGGCAACGCAAGAUGUUUACAACAUCAAACUCAUGGCUCUACAGCCUGUUUCUCGGACAGACAUCUCUGUCAGAGUGACGUCGAGUCAGCCGGAAAAUUAUCGCACGCUCAGGGUGAGACUUUGUCGCGAAGAAUCACCCGACUCGCCCAUUCACGUGGCAAAGCUCGACAGCCAGUUAUCCUCGAAGCAACAACAAUUCAGCUCGGCUGGUUACCUCUUGCACCUGCCGUCCUUGCAGGUCGACGGCAAGCGCUACUUUGUUCAGCUCGAUACGACGCUCUCUCGCUCGAACUACGAUUACCAGAUCGCACCCGUCUACUUUGAAGCCAACUCGUCCUUCAAAUACGUGAAACUGCACUUUGACGCUGAUCGUAGACACGACCACGCAGAUGGCAGUCAAAUCACCUUGGUGCCGUUGCCAUUGAUUAUUUUGGUGACCUUGGCUUUCUUUAAGCGCGACUCGAUAUCCAGCUGGUUGAAUACAGCUGUAGAAAAAUGGUCCAGUAAUAAAAAAUCUUCUCCCUCGGUUAGUAAAAAAGCUCAGGAUGUCGCUCAAAGUCAGGUUGCAACCAAUGAUUCCAAGCUCGAAGAGCUCAUUGCCGAACAGUUAAGGAACAUCAAUGCCAAGAGUACUUCUAAAAAAGUAAAGCCAAGGAAGGCGUAAUGGUGGAUGAGGAACGUUGAUUUUUUGUGUUGUUUUCAAUUGUUAUUAAAGUGCUUUUGGACAAAGGAAGCUCAAUGAGAAUACUUCCUCAAGUUGUGCGCGUGCAUGUCCCGAACAAAAACAUUCUCGUAGUUUUACCGAAAUACAAAGUAUCCUAAGACCUUAAAUGUAAGAGAUAUUUAUAAGAUGAGUAUCGUGUACAUUCAAGUCGCAAUAAUAAACCACUCUACGUUUUAUGCGUGAUUUUUUUUCUUUGCUAUUGUACUGUUACCUGUAAUAUUUUGAGAAAUAUACAAAUUUAUACAUACGAAAUUAAGAGCAAGUAAUAUGUAAAAAGUUCAAAAUAAUAAUGAAUUUUUAAUACCUGCAAUGUACAACACGUUGUAAGGGGCCGAAUCACUGCUGUAAUCGCGUAGCGAUAGCUAAAUGAUAUUUAAUGGUUGAUUUAAAUUUUAUCAGUGCCCUCCGAAGAAAUUGGAAAUUCAAGGUGAU